AUGAAUUUUUUGAAACGUGAGGACGGAAAUGAACUUCUGGACACGCUGAUACCGGCGGAUGGAACCACUACUCCGGAAUCACAACAAGCAGAGCCAGGGUCGGCCGAGGCAUUCUUAGGGUUCUUUGAUCUAUUCUUGCCACUGCCCUACCGAAUUCUGUUUCUUGUGAACCUUGGAAUCUGGCUUUGGUGCCUGAACCUCAAAGCAUGUGAGGACCACAACAUUGACGUGGUUAAGGUGCUCAAGUUCCCACAGGCCGUGGUCCCAGACUUCCGUGUAAAUACAUUGUUGAAAAGGUGCUGGAAACUCUCAAUGAAGAUCACUGUGUUCACGGUCGUAAACUAUGCGGUUUUCGUGUUCAUGACGCUGAACAACGUCACGUGGAAGAUCAUUGAUUGGUUUCCUCUGGGUGGACUUCUGCUGCUGUUUGCCAUGCUACUAUGGCCACACGAUACUUUCGACAGGAAAAGACUUUUUCUCACGAUCAAGAGGGUCGUCGUCGGAAACAUAGAUACAAAUCUCAGGAAUAAUGACAUUUUACUGGCUGAUACUCUCACCUCCUACAACAGGGUAUUGGUGGACUUUUUCGUUUACCUCACGCACCUGUUCGGAGGUGUCAAGGCAUUGCCUGAAAUAUCCACAAACUCAAAAAACCUCGACAGAUCGUUUGCCACGAAUUACCACCUGGACAUUCUGUUCUUGAUAUAUCCUUCAGCUGUGAGACUACGCCAGUGUCUCAUCGAAUACCAGCUCUCACGCAAGAGAAACACAUCGCAUCUGCUGAAUGCCGUCAAGUACUCCACUGCGUUCUUGCCUGCUCUGGCAACCGUCUACAUGAAGACCAUUCCGCAGGACGACGAGACCAGAUGGAAGUACGGAAUGAAGAUGUGGUGUAUGGGAAGUCUCAUCAACGCUUCCUACUCGUUCAUCUGGGAUAUCUCCAUGGACUGGAAUUUUGAGAUACUUUACAAUCUCUUGGAGGGAAACACCAGCAAAGCCGUUUUGAGAAAUGUCUUGAUGUACGAUGUCAAGUUCUUCUACUACGGAGCCAUUGCUGUUGAUUUCGGGCUGAGAUACAUCUGGCUUUGCCGCUUGUUGCCCACCCCGGUUGAAGGAUCCGGUCAAAUUCAUGCGACACUGGCCAUGUUGUUUACUUCAGAAUACGGGUAUUUCAUAAUAGAAACAAUGGAGAUCCUAAGACGGUGGGUUUGGGUCUUCAUCAAGGUGGAGACUGAAUACAUCAAGCUGCUUGGCCCAACAGAGACCAGUCAUGGAAUGGAGCUGACGGAUCUCCCACAGAUGAAAUAG